CCCUCAGGUACCACCGGACACUGAGAAGAUCGAAAUAUGUCGAAAGAUCUGGAGGCAGGUGAACCUGCACCGAAGCAGGAGCUCCGGCAAUCAUUAAUUUCUCGACUUCGACUUCGGCAACCUGGACAGACAGCUACCUUUACGCACCCAGAUGGCGACCGCAAGUCAGACAAUAGUUGCAUCGUGGAUUUUGAUGGUCCAGAUGAUCCGUAUCGCCCUAUGAACUGGAGCUUCAAGAAGAAGGCGCUAACGACGGUCCUCUAUGGAAUGACUACUAUGGGUGCAACCUGGGCCAGUUCUGUUUACUCCCCCGCUAUCCCCGGCAUCCAGAAGGAGUUCGAUAUCGGCGAGGUCACCGCGACACUGGGCACGUCACUCCUUCUAUUCGGCUUCGGGCUUGGGCCAAUUUUGUUUGCGCCUCUUUCUGAGUUUUAUGGACGCAAAAGAGUGGUUUUGACGCCUUACUUCAUAUCUAUCAUGUUCUCCUUUGGAACCGCCGUGGCCAAGGAUACUCAGACCAUCAUGAUCACUCGAUUCUUCUCGGGAUUCUUUGGUGGUGCUCCCAUUACCAAUUCUGGUGGUGUUCUUGCUGAUAUCUGGUCUCCAAAACAACGUGGUGGGGCGAUGGUUGCCUAUGCAAUGGCCCUUCUUGGAGGACCGAUGUUGGGUCCCAUCGUCGGUGGAGCGAUUGUUGAUAGCUACCUGGGAUGGAGAUGGACCGAAUAUAUCACAGGUAUUCUACAGAUCACAACUUUUACACUUGCCGUUAUUUUUAUCGAUGAGACUUACGCUCCGACAUUACUGGUGUAUAAAGCUCAUCGUCUCCGCAUUGCGACUGGAAACUGGGCUUUACACGCGCGUCACGAAGAGAUCGAUGUCCAGUUUAGUGACAUAGCCAAUAAAUAUCUGCUCCGUCCGUUCCGGCUCCUAGUAACGCCCAUCUGCUUCUUUGUUGCACUCUACGCAUCAUUCGUCUACGGCAUUCUUUAUCUGAGUUUGGCCUCCUAUCCAGUUGAGUUCCAAGAAGGUCGCGGCUGGAAUUCGCUUGUUGGAAACCUUCCAUUCUUGGGUAUGCUGGUAGGCAUAGUAUUAGGAGCCCUCACGAAUAUACUCAACCAAAAGUUUUACAUCAAGAAGUAUAUCGAGAAUGGCAACAGAGCCGUUCCUGAGGCACGGCUUCCUCCCAUGAUGCUGGGUUCUGUCAGCUUCGCCGCCGGACUGUUUAUUCUUGGCUGGACAAGCCCCAAGCAUGUCUUCUGGCUGUGCCCAAUUAUUGGAGCAGUCCUUCAGGGUCUUGGAUUCUUCACGAUUUUCCAGGCUGCUUUAAACUACUUGGUGGACACAUUCACUCGCUUUUCCGCCAGUGCCAUUGCCGUCAAUACUUUCAUGCGCAGUGUUCUCGCUGGUACUUUUCCUCUAUUUGCUGCCAUCAUGUACCGUAAGUUAGGAGUUCCCUGGGCUUCUAGCUUACUGGGAUUCAUUGCAAUCGCCUUGAUACCAAUUCCGUUUGUGCUUUAUGCGUAUGGAGCGCGGAUCCGGGCUCGCGGCAAAUGGUCGAGACCUUCUAUUGAAGGCCACGGCCACUAGUUCUGGAUCGGUUGCAAAUAGAAGCAAAAUUAAUAGAAGCAUUAGAUAUUUGAGCGUUUCUCUAUUCUCGGGAUACGUUCGCCUUAUAUUAUCUACAUUGGGCUAGCAGUACUGAGAAAUGCACGUUGUGCCAAUAUAUUUUGCAUCGAAAAAAAAUAGAUGAUUUGACUAGUU